AUGCUGGCGCCCUACACGUUCGGGCGUCUUCGCCUCUUCAUCAUCAUCGGGAGCCUUCUUCUUUUUCUUGUGACUACCUAUGGCCUGUCACGAAGUUCAAGUCGAACGCAUCCUUCCCAUAGCUGGUCAGGCUUUACAAAAGCUAGUCUAACAACAAACAGCAAAAAUGGUUCACUAUCGAUCCCGGAGCUAGAAGAGAUCCCACCCCUGAAACCCGGCGAGUCAGCCUUCUGCGAAGAUCGUUUCGGUCCCCGAUACCUGGAGCAGCUACGAGAUCACACGAUCCAAUACUGCAAACCCGACUCAUCUGCCGCUCGACUCUCUUGCCUGCAUAGCCAUGUUCACAACGACAACAACCAUGAUUCAUUUUGUAUAGGGCAGGGAGCUUUGUUAGAUCUACCGCAAGCGAAGUUCGUGCUCGACUGCGAGGUCAGGGAUCCGGAUGCCGACGAAAGGGAAAAGGGACUGCUCGCGUUCAGCAGUCUCAAAACUUACUGGUAUCAGACUGGGCCAAAGGUUGUCUUCGACAAGUAUGUGGAGUUCAGCGAAGGCUCCGCCGAACCUUCUUCAGAACUACCUCAGAACAAGCACAAGAAUGAGUUCGCGAUAUUGAUCAAGCGAGAGGGAGAAGGAAAUCUUUGGCACUGCCUUAUGGAGAUAUGGGCGAUGACGAUCACCAUGGACACUCUGCGCAUCAGCCGUGACUCUGAAGACAAGCCGUUCUUCAGCUUUCCCGAGGACAUCGCCAACACCCAAGUCUUCAUCUUGGACGACAAGCCGAACGGCCCCUACUUUGGCCUAUGGGAGCUACUCUCGAAACGGAAGCCUCUCCGUCUGACAGGAAAUAAGGCGGAACCAAAGGCCUUGGCGCAAUACGAAGGCAAACGUCUCGACAUCAUCGCCCCUCUCCCCGGCGCCAGCAAUUCCCUCUGGCAGAACGACUGGGUCGUCCGCGACUGCACCGAGUCCCCGUUGCUCAGGCUCUUCGUGCAAAGAGUAUUCCAACACCUCCACAUCCCCCACAAGCCCGGCCCGCAUGCUCCAGUGAAGAAUCAGCAAGACGUCACCCUGACAUUCAUCGACCGGCGUGGCACCCGCCAGCUCCUCCACCACGAGGAGCUGAUCGAUGGCUUGCGAACUCGCUUUCCCGACGUACACGUCCAGUCCGUCGACUUUGGCAGCAUCCCGUUCGCGGAGCAGCUCCGCGUUGUGCAGGAGACAGACGUACUCGUCGGUGUGCACGGCGCCGGGCUGACACACACCAUGUUUAUGCGCGAGGGUGCGGGCGCGGUGGUGGAGAUACAGCCCGAUGGGCUCUUUCACAAGGGGUUCCAGAACCUGGCGGGUAUGACGGGGCAGCGGUACUUUAGUGCCCAUGCCGAGAUGGUUGCGCCUGGAGGGAGGACUGAGAAGAGGGCAGAUAAAGAAGAUGAUGGACCCGGCGAGGGCGACACCGAAUACUCGAGUAGGGGACAGUCGAGCCGGUUAAGGCGUGACAACGACUGGCAGAACUCGGAUGUCCGCAUGGAGGAAGAUCGAUUCGUGGCACUUGUUGAGAUGGCGAUCAAAUCUCUUGCUAGCGAGGCAGUCAGGAGUGAAGAUGUGGUUUGA